CACACUGGAGCGGCGGCCACCGAGGAGGGAGCAGCCCCGGAGCCUUGACGGCGCCUCGUUCCAUGGAGCUGGGUGGCUGAGAGCUGUCACCACCCGACAGCCUUUGAUCUCCUGGGGACCCAGGUGUCCGAGGCUCACAGCCUAAUUCUCCUGUCAGCCUCGAGCUUCCUUCAGCAGCCUCAGGGUCGCUGGGAUCCGGUCCCGGGUAACCAGUUAUGGAGCGGUGCAGCCGCUGCCAUCGCCUGGUCCUGCUGGUGCCGCUGGUGUUGGGGCUGAGCGCUGCCCCUGGCUGGGCAGGUGCAGCCUCUGUGGAUGUGCUUCGGGCCCUGAGGUUCCCCACCCUCCCUGAUGGUGUCCGGAGGGCAAGGGGCAUCUGUCCAGCUGAUGUGGCCUACCGAGUAUCCCGACCUGCCCAGCUCAGUGCACCCACACGCCAGCUCUUCCCAGGAGGCUUCCCCAAAGAUUUCUCUCUGCUGGCUGCUGUCCGGACCCGCCCUGGGCUGCAGGCUCCCCUCCUGACUCUCUACAGUGCCCAGGGUGUCCGCCAGCUGGGCCUGGAGCUUGGCCGGCCUGUGCGCUUCCUGUAUGAGGACCAGACUGGGCGGCCUCGACCCCCGGCUCAGCCCGUCUUCCGAGGCCUCAGCCUCGCAGAUGGCAAGUGGCACCGGGUGGCUGUGGCUGUGAAGGGCCAGUCUGUCACCCUCAUAGUUGACUGUAAGAAGAGAGUUACCCGUCCCCUUCCCCGAAGUGUUCGUCCGGUGUUGGACACCCAUGGUGUGAUAAUCUUUGGCGCCCGUAUCCUGGAUGAAGAAGUCUUUGAGGGUGAUGUCCAGGAGCUCGUCAUUGUUCCAGGGGUGCAAACUGCAUAUGAAUCCUGUGAUCAGAAGGAGCUGGAGUGUGAGGGGAGUCAGAGGGAGAAACCUCCGAACCAACAAUCUCGCAGAGCCCAGAGAUCUCCGAAGCAGCAACCAUCCAGACUUCAUAGGCCACAGAACCAGGAACCCCAGCAACAGGCUGCCCGUGGAUCCCGGGGGCUGAAGGGAGAGAAGGGAGAGCCUGCAGUGCUGGAACCUGGUAUGCUAGUGGAGGGGCCCCCUGGCCCAGAAGGCCCCGCGGGAUUGACUGGUCCUCCUGGCAUCCAGGGCAAUCCAGGCCCGGUUGGAGACCCUGGAGAGAGGGGCCCUCCCGGCCGAGCAGGGCUCCCUGGAUCGGAUGGGGCCCCUGGCCCUCCUGGCACAUCCCUUAUGCUCCCAUUCCGGUUUGGUAGCAGUGCGGGUGAGAAGGGCCCUGUCGUGGCGGCCCAGGAGGCCCAAGCCCAGGCCAUUCUGCAGCAGGCACGGCUGGCGCUCCGUGGUCCCCCUGGUCCCAUGGGAUACACAGGUCGCCCUGGACCCUUGGGACAGCCUGGGAGCCCUGGCCUCAAAGGAGAAUCUGGAGACCUAGGACCUCAGGGCCCCAGAGGACCUCAGGGACUCACAGGCCCCCCUGGCAAGGCUGGGCGAAGGGGCCGAGCAGGUGCUGACGGAGCCCGAGGAAUGCCUGGGGAACCUGGGGUGAAGGGUGACCGUGGUUUCGAUGGACUCCCUGGUCUACCUGGGGAGAAAGGACACAGGGGUGAUGCUGGUGCCCAGGGCCUGUCUGGCUCUCCUGGUGAGGACGGAGAGCGGGGAGACGAUGGGGAGAUUGGGCCUCGGGGACUGCCUGGAGAGUCGGGACCACGAGGUCUGCUUGGCCCCAAAGGCCCACCUGGCAUUCCUGGACCUCCGGGUGUUCGAGGCAUGGAUGGGCCCAAUGGCCCCAAAGGGAGCCUGGGGCCCCAGGGAGAGCCAGGACCUCCUGGACAACAAGGCACUCCUGGCACUCAGGGUCUCCCUGGGCCCCAGGGUGCUAUUGGGCCCCAUGGAGAGAAGGGACCUCGAGGAAAACCAGGGCUCCCUGGCAUGCCUGGCUCCGAUGGACCUCCGGGUCACCCCGGGAAGGAAGGCCCCCCUGGAACCAAAGGAAACCAAGGUCCUUCUGGGCCUCAGGGUCCUCUAGGAUACCCGGGACCUCGAGGUGUCAAGGGUGUGGAUGGCAUUCGGGGUCUGAAAGGUCACAAGGGUGAAAAGGGCGAGGAUGGCUUUCCUGGGUUCAAAGGUGACAUGGGUGUGAAAGGCGACAGGGGCGAGGUCGGUGUCCCUGGCUCCAGGGGAGAGGAUGGUCCAGAGGGGCCGAAGGGACGCACUGGACCCACCGGAGACCCUGGACCCACAGGGCUCAUGGGCGAGAAGGGCAAGCUGGGUGUUCCUGGUCUGCCUGGCUACCCCGGACGCCAGGGUCCCAAGGGCUCCCUGGGAUUUCCUGGCUUUCCUGGAGCUGGUGGAGAGAAGGGAGCCCGGGGCCUGUCUGGGAAAUCAGGGCCUCGGGGAGAGCGGGGCCCCACGGGUCCGCGGGGACAGCGGGGACCUCGAGGUGCCACUGGGAAGUCUGGAGCUAAGGGCACAUCAGGUGGUGAUGGCCCCCACGGCCCCCCUGGAGAGAGAGGUCUCCCUGGACCUCAGGGCCCCAAUGGAUUUCCUGGCCCCAAAGGACCUCCAGGUCCCCCUGGGAAAGAUGGGCUGCCAGGACACCCUGGCCAGAGAGGAGAAGUGGGUUUCCAAGGGAAGACCGGCCCUCCUGGUCCUCCAGGGGUGGUGGGGCCUCAGGGAGCAGCAGGAGAAUCUGGGCCCAUGGGGGAAAGAGGUCACCCUGGCCCCCCAGGUCCCCCUGGAGAGCAGGGACUGACUGGAACAGCUGGCAAAGAAGGAACAAAGGGCGACCCUGGACCCCCAGGGGCACCGGGGAAGGAUGGCCCCGCUGGUCUGAGGGGCUUCCCUGGAGAGAGAGGCCUUCCAGGCACGGCUGGUGGAUCCGGUUUGAAGGGAAAUGAAGGUCCAGCUGGUCCUCCUGGCCCUGCAGGCUCCCCUGGGGAGCGAGGUGCAGCAGGAUCAGGGGGACCCAUUGGCCCCCCAGGGCGCCCAGGACCUCAGGGGCCUCCUGGAGCAGCUGGAGAGAAGGGUGUCCCGGGUGAGAAGGGUCCCAUUGGCCCAACUGGCCGUGAUGGGGUGCAGGGCCCCGUGGGGCUCCCUGGCCCCGCUGGGCCCCCGGGUGUGUCAGGAGAGGAUGGAGACAAGGGUGAGGUGGGAGACCCCGGACAGAAGGGCACCAAAGGGAACAAGGGUGAACAUGGCCCCCCCGGACCCCCUGGGCCCAUUGGUCCUGUGGGGCAGCCUGGAGCAGCGGGAUCAGAUGGGGAGCCCGGAGCUCGGGGUCCCCAGGGGCACUUUGGAGCCAAAGGUGAUGAAGGAACAAGAGGAUUCAAUGGACCCCCAGGACCCAUUGGCCUCCAGGGCUUGCCGGGCCCCUCGGGGGAGAAGGGAGAAACAGGAGAUGUGGGCCCUAUGGGGCCACCUGGCCCCCCAGGACCUCGAGGCCCAGCUGGACCCAAUGGAGCUGACGGUCCACAAGGUCCCCCAGGAGGUGUUGGGAACCUGGGUCCUCCAGGAGAGAAGGGGGAGCCAGGAGAGUCAGGAUCUCCUGGGGUCCAGGGCGAGCCAGGUGUCAAGGGUCCACGUGGGGAGCGAGGGGAGAAAGGAGAGUCUGGGCAGCCCGGAGAGGCAGGACCACCAGGGCCUAAAGGUCCCACUGGAGAUGACGGACCCAAAGGGAACCCAGGUCCUGUUGGCUUUCCUGGUGACCCUGGUCCUCCUGGAGAAGGUGGCCCUCGGGGCCAGGAUGGUGCUAAAGGCGAUCGGGGAGAGGACGGCGAGGCGGGACAGCCUGGAUCCCCUGGCCCCACUGGGGAGAAUGGACCUCCUGGACCACUUGGAAAGCGGGGUCCUGCUGGCACGCCUGGUCCUGAGGGGCGACAAGGGGAGAAGGGAGCCAAGGGGGAUCCUGGUGCUGUGGGCGCCCCAGGGAAGACAGGUGCCGUGGGUCCUGCAGGCCCAGCAGGAAAGCCUGGCCCUGAUGGCCUGAGAGGGCUUCCCGGCUCAGUGGGUCAGCAAGGCCGUCCUGGGGCCACAGGCCAGGCUGGGCCUCCAGGUCCUGUGGGACCCCCAGGGCUUCCUGGCCUCAGAGGAGAUGCUGGAGCCAAGGGGGAGAAGGGUCACCCAGGCCUCAUCGGACUGAUCGGUCCCCCUGGGGAACAGGGAGAGAAGGGUGAUCGGGGACUUCCUGGCCCUCAGGGCUCCACCGGCCAGAAGGGAGAGACAGGUAUUCCAGGAGCAUCUGGCCCCAUUGGUCCUGGAGGUCCCCCUGGCCUCCCUGGACCUGCUGGCCCCAAAGGAGCCAAAGGAGCCACAGGCCCAGCUGGACCCAAGGGAGAGAAGGGUGUCCAGGGCCCUCCAGGACACCCGGGCCCUCCAGGCGAGGUGAUCCAGCCCCUGCCCAUCCAGAUGCCCAAGAAGACUCGGCGCUCAGUGGAUGGAAGCCGCCUGAUGCAAGAAGAUGAGGCCGUGCCGACUGGGGGGGUGCCAGGCAGCCCUGGGGGGCUGGAGGAAAUCUUUGGCUCCCUGGACUCCCUGCGUGAGGAGAUUGAGCAGAUGAGACGGCCGACAGGGACCCAAGACAGCCCUGCUCGCACCUGCCAGGACCUGAAGCUCUGCCACCCGGAGCUGCCCGAUGGAGAUUACUGGGUGGACCCCAACCAAGGUUGUGCUCGGGACGCCUUCCGGGUUUUCUGCAACUUUACAGCAGGAGGAGAAACCUGUGUGACACCCAGGGAUGAUGUCACCCAAUUCUCUUAUGUGGACUCGGAAGGCUCCCCUGUCGGCGUGGUCCAGCUCACCUUCCUGCGGCUGCUCAGUGUCUCAGCCCACCAGGACGUCUCCUACCCCUGCUCUGGGGUGGCCCGGGAUGGCCCUCUGAGGCUCCGGGGGGCCAAUGAGGAUGAGCUGAGCCCGGAGACUAGCCCCUAUGUCAAGGAAUUCAGAGAUGGCUGUCAGACACAGCAGGGCCGGACGGUGCUGGAGGUGCGAACCCCUGUGCUGGAGCAGCUGCCAGUGUUGGACGCUUCUUUCUCAGAUCUGGGGGCUCCCCCAAGGCGGGGAGGGGUGCUGCUGGGACCAGUUUGCUUCAUGGGCUAGGACCUUCUUUGACCCUGUCCAUCAAAUCCAGGCCACCUGGAAUCCCACAGCAUCGGCUCUGUGCCACCCCCAAGAGGGCUCCUCACCAUCCAGGGGGCCUUGGGCCAGGGCACUGAGAGCCCCCUGUUAGGGGCAGUCCAGGGAGGGGUGAAGUGGGUGCCAGGACACCUCGGGGGUGGCAUCUGGGGCUCUUGGCCCUCCCACCUGGAGCCUGUGACCUGUUUGACAGCUGAAAUCCUUAUUUAAAAACUCAUCUCCCAGUCACCCCAAACAAGAGGAAGAGAA